UGUUGCUUGGCUUGCUUGCUUUCCGCUUUCUUUACUUUGCUUGAACGCGCGUCGAUAGACAUUCGGUCCACUUAACUAAAAAAUAUUUUACCGCAUAAGAUAGAAAUUAAAGCCACAAAACCGGUUUUACGUUAUCAAUAAACUUAAGUCUCAUACCGUGCCAAUAAACCUAAAUCUAUUGUGAAAGUGACAGUCAACGUCUUUUUUUGUGUGAAUAUAAUGUUAUUUCGCAUAUUUACAAGUACCGUCCGUUCGUAAGUGUAGUGGACUUGAAAAAUGCUGCACGCAGAGUACUUUUCGCGUAUCGUGGUAGACACCUGAUUAAUAUGAUGUUUGAAGCGGGGUGAACGUAGCAUCAGUGAUAAUGCAACGCGAGUGUACAGAAGGAUUUAGGAGUAAGUUCGAGAGGCGGAAGCCGACCAAAGUGCUAAAGAUAGCAGAGAGCUUCACGAACUUGGAUGAGACUGCGAAGGCUGGUCGAUUUGUAAGAGGUCCGCACUCGAAGAUAGGGCGUAGGUAUCGCGACGGACAGGAGAGGACUAAACGCGGUGUAGUGUGCUGUGAUGAUGAGUGUGAUAAGGAGUCAGGUGUGAGUGAAGAUGGUGAAAGACUCGGUGACCGCAGAGUGACCGGCUCCUCUUGCACAGCUCUGAGAACGGCUGUGGCAGCUCUGUACCCGUUUGAUGACUUCGUGCUGGAGAAAAUCGGCACUGGAUUCUUCUCUGAAGUUUUCAAAGUAACCCACAAAACAUCAGCGAAGGUCAUGGUGUUGAAAAUGAACCAGCAACGGGCUAACAGACCGAACAUGCUCCGAGAAGUGCAGCUCAUGAACAAGUUGAAACAUCCGAAUAUACUUGGUUUUAUGGGCGUGUGCGUUCACGAAGGUCAGCUCCACGCGCUGACAGAAUACAUGGAGGGCGGUUCCCUGGAACAGCUGAUUCUGGGUCGACCUCUGGAACCGUUGCCCCAGCCGCUUCGGAUAUCCCUGGCGGCUGACGUGGCGGACGGCAUGAAGUACCUGCAUUCCCUCGGUGUCUUCCAUAGGGAUCUUACUACUAAGAAUGUAUUAUUAAGAAGGUAUGGAGAAGGAGAUUAUAUGGCCGUCGUCGCUGACUUCGGUCUCGCCGCCAAAAUACCUCAUCCAGUAAACGGCUACCGAUUGCCGAGCGUCGGUUCGCCGUGGUGGAUGUCGCCAGAGUGCCUACGCGGCCGAUGGUACGACAACCGGUCCGAUAUAUUCUCAUACGGAAUCAUAUUGUGCCAACUUAUCGCCAGGGUUGACGCCGAUCCGGACGUGCUGCCGCGCACUGACAACUUCGGCCUCAACUACAUGGCGUUCGUAGAGCUCUGCGAUGAAUACACCGUACCUGAGUUCCUGAGGCUUGCGUUCAACUGCUGCAUUUACGAGCCGAAAGCGCGUCCGCUAUUCCCGGAAAUAGUGACAAAGCUAGCCGAGGUGAAGGAGGGCCUCGACGACGCCGCUUGGAGCCUGCACUCCAACAACUCGCUCGAGAGUGAGGAGGCGGACUCGUCGGGACCGCGCUCCUGCCCCGGACUGUACGGCUGGAGGCGGCCGCAGCGACACCGCUCCGAGGGGGGACCGCGCGCGCGCGACCACGACCAGCUUCAACAUCGACGGUCGAUGUCGGAGUUAGAGUGGAUGGCGGGGUGCGAAGGGCAGGGUGGAGCGGGCGCCUCCCACCGCUCCGCCUCCGCCCUCGCCGGCGAACGUCGCGCCCCCCCUCCGCCCCCCCGCCUCGCGCGCCUGCACCGCCUCGCACAUAUCAUGCUACUGCGGGACGCGCACGCCGCGCCGCACCCCGCACGCCGACCCCUCGACACCUUCCGGGGAGUCAAGAAGAUCCUGGAGCCGCCGCACUCCCGCGCGACUGGAUUCUCAUCCUGCGCCGAACUGCCGAGCCCGCUGCUGCGCGCCGACGCUACACUGGACUCGACCCUCUCUGACGACGAGCCGCGUGCAGCCUCACUACCCUCGUCCCCGGCGCUCUCCCGUCGGGGCAGCUUCGACACUCCACCUCCGCCGGCGCCCCGCCCUCCGCGCCUGCCGCUGCCGCGCGUGCGCUCGUGUGAAUCAGGAAUCUUCUCCGUCGCCAACGAGGAGCUGUGCGGGCAGCGCGUCGGUGCCGGUUGCCCGUACGGCGCCGUGUGUCCGUGCUCGCUUGUCGGCUGCCAUCGUUGCUGGUGGUGGCGUCGCGACGCAUCGGAUCGCUCCGACGAGCUCGAGGAGGCGGAGGGCGAGGCGGGCGGCGAGCCCCGCGCGCGCAUGUGCUGCGCGUGCGUGGUCACGUACGACCGCGCCCUGGACGCACGCCCCCCGCGGCCCCGCCCCUCCGCCCCGCUCGACGACUCCGCGCUCUCCGGCACCACGCUCAGCUCGCUGCGCAGCCUGGACGACCUAGACGAGGCCGGCGACCCGCCCUCGCCCUUCCUGUGCGGCAGGCCGGCCGCCAUGCGCGCGGAGCCCGACUGGGAGGCGGACGGACCCCGCGAGUACCACAUCCUGUCCCGGUGUUGCUGCGCCGACCGGCGGCUGGACGAGGACGAGGCGCCGCGCCCCGCCCCGCUGGCGCUAUCGUCGUGCAAGCGCACCUCCAGCGUGUACACGGACAGCUCGGAGGACGUGGCGUCGCUGGCCGGCUCGGACAGUCUGUACUGCGACGAGCGGUACCCGCGGCAGGCGCGCUCGGCGCAGAUCUCGAAGAUCGUGGAGUACUUCGAGCGGAAGGGCGCCGACUUCACGUGCGAGCGGACCGGGCGGGGCCAGUCCCGGUACCGCAUGAGCGGGGGCGGCGCGGGGCUGGACGUGCGGCGCCGCGCGGGGGGGGAGGAGGGCGGCGGCCGCAAGUGUCCCGCGCAGCAGCGGCUGAUGAUCUGCGAGGGCGCCGUCAAGUCCAAGCUGCCGCUGUUCGACAAGAAGUCGUAGCGCCCCCCGCGCGUGACGUCACGCACCGCGCCCCCUCCCCCCGCCGACGGAGGCUCGGCGUUGUAUAUUGUCGAUAGUUAUUUUGACGCGUACAUAUUGUAAUCAAAUAUAUUUACGACUGAAUAAGUGUAAGGACUCGUCUCUGGUUGCGAGAUGAGAAUAAUGGUUGUAACGUUUAGUCAAUGUCCGGGUUGUAACUGCGCGGCCUAAACCCCCCCGUGGUAGUACGAAGCGACUUUAGUCGAGUGUAGGUUAAAUAUAUUUAAAUUUAAUUCGUUUCAUGUGAACCCUUCCUCUAUUUGUAAAACUGUAAAUAAUUAUUUUAUUACUACAAAUAAAAAAUAGUUUAUCAAUAUUUAUUAUAUACAACUUCAGAUACAACUUGCCAGUUUGCGAUAUUUAAGAGUGUAAAUAUGUUUUUUUUCUUUUUUUGUCUUACUACAUAUUUCGUAUCUAUAAAUGGAAGUUAUAUAUUUUCUUCUCUAAAUCAACAAUUUAAUAUCGUCGUUCAAGUGACAGUUUAUAUCUGUGUCUGAUAACAAUAAAACAUAUUUCAGGAAUCACAUAAACUAAAUUAAAUAAUUAGUAGAAUUGGUUUUAUACAAAUAUUAUGUUUUUGAAAUACUGAAAUGAUUUUAUUUUUCAUAAAUCUUUGAUGUCAUUUCCAGUAUAUAUUGACGAUCACUUACAUAGUUAUGUGAAUAAAAUUUAACUAAAAGUGCAUUAAAUACAGUUUACAUAAUCAAUAAAAAAAAAGGAAAAUUUUGAUUCGCGGUCAUAUUGUACUUUUAUGAAGGACAUGUUAUUGGAAUAUAGUUUUAGCAAAUCUCAAUCGUCUUCUAGAUCAUUCGAUUAGAGUCUGGAACGACGCGGAGACUAGUCUACAAGGUUUUUGAAUCAGAUGUUGCUGAUUGAAUUGAUCAGCCUGUCAGCGGUGUAAAAACAAUGUUAAUGUCAUCUGUGACGAUUUAUCAUAAUCAAAGGAGUUGUGCGAAAUUCGCUAUUCAACAAUAGAUGGCGUUACACUUCUCGAACGCUCCGAAUAGUACUAGUUGUUUUAUAUCCGUUUCUGCUAUUUGGUGACAGAUGGCGUUACUCGUACGAGCGCAACGAAAAUAAUUAUGUCAAAAGUAAAAGUACAAAGCUGAAAAAAUUCAAACAACCCAAACCGCACACUAAUUUUGAUAAUCAGCGCGUUUGUUGAAUUUUAUUUACUAACAAGAGAAAAACAUCAAGAUAUUGAAAGAAAAGAGACAAAAUUAAAAUCAUUUCAGAAGUGAGUGGGCUGUGAGAGCGUUUUAAUCUUAGACUGGAAAGAUAACGCAUAUAUUCGAAUAGUGACGUCAUUGUUUACGCGCGUCGUUCGAAUGGUACAACGGCACUCGCCUUGCGGGAAAGAGACAGAGCGAGUCGCCUCAGUCCGUCACGGUCACGUCUCGGAACUCUAUUGGUCGAUUAAUAAAUAAUGACGUCAAUUCACAUUAGUUUAUUUUGACGAAGAUUAAAUCCACCCACGGGCUUUACGAUGAGAACAUUACUGUAUCGAAAGGAUAAUAAUAUAGAGAUACGUUUGGAAUAGGCUAAUAAUUGUCGCGUUCGUUUAUUGACGAACCUAUUAUGACGUCCUAAAGAGUUUUAAAAUUCGGCGAAAACGGAGAGGGAAUGUCUUCUUUGAAAGCGUCGCUUCGUUAUAUCGAGGAUGUAAAAUGAUAUUUGGUUUAAACGAAAUUUUUGCAACUUUACACGCGAGCCGUUUAAAAUUUGGAAAAAAUAUCGUAACAAAACAACAUAUUCAGCUGUUUGAAUUGAGUAAACUUAAUUGAAGUUCAUUUAAAAAUAUGGGACUGUUGAUGCUAAUACCAAAUAAAGCACACCUUUAAAAGAUAAACGUCGCGUAUUAAGCGAAACGUUGCGUUUUAAGCGAAACGUCGCGUUUUAAGCGGAAUGUCGCUUAAAUUAAAUAGCCUUUCGCUCCUCGAUAUAUAAUAUAUAUACAAAUAGUUACGUUGCGGUAUCUCUGCGUUUGAAAUAUAGAUUUAUAUGAAACAGUCAAUUCGAUACGGACACAUGAGGUUCGCGUGCGGGAGGCGUUGCUAGUCUUUUAAAACGCGAUUUUCCGCACAUGAGGCCGUCGGCUUUGAUUUUUUAUGAGGCCGCAAAUAAAUUCUACUUACGUGACGAUAGGUUUUCGUGUCUUAAAUUAAAUAAAUACGUCUUGUAAUAUUUAUAUGAUCGGGGUGUUACGGGCGGUAGAUGAAUAGCGUAUUGUGAGUCCGGGCGGACGGGUACCUUGGACCUGCGCGUUUAUGCCACGAAGCAAACAUGCGUUACGGUUUGAUAAACGCGGCAGCCGUUGUAUAAACUACUUCGUAUCUAUUUUUUUAUGGCUUAGUUGGGUGGACGAGCUC